AUGGCAAACCCAACAACAGGGAAGUCCUCGAUUAGGGCUAAGCUUUCUAACUCAUCGCUAUCAAACCUAUUUAAAAAAAAUAAAAAUAAAAGACAGCGUGAGGAAACGGAAGAGCAGGACAAUGAGGAUAAGGAUGAGAGUAAGAACCAGGAUGAAAAUAAGGACACACAGCUCACUCCCCGCAAGCGUCGCCGGUUGACGAAGGAGUUUGAAGAGAAGGAGGCUCGUUACACCAACGAGUUGCCCAAGGAACUGCGCAAGUAUCGUCCUAAAGGUUUCAGAUUCAAUUUGCCUCCAACGGAUAGACCCAUCAGGAUAUAUGCAGAUGGUGUUUUUGAUCUUUUCCAUCUUGGCCACAUGAAGCAACUGGAACAGUGUAAGAAGGCUUUCCCCAAUGUAACACUGAUAGUUGGUGUGCCUAGCGACAAAAUCACUCACAAACUAAAAGGUUUGACUGUGCUGACCGAUAAGCAGCGUUGUGAAACUUUAACGCACUGCAGAUGGGUUGACGAAGUCGUGCCCAACGCUCCCUGGUGUGUCACCCCAGAAUUUCUACUAGAACACAAGAUUGACUACGUGGCACAUGACGAUAUUCCUUACGUUAGCGCCGACAGCGACGAUAUCUACAAGCCAAUAAAGGAGAUGGGAAAAUUCUUGACUACCCAAAGAACCAAUGGUGUCUCUACAAGUGAUAUUAUCACAAAGAUCAUCAGAGAUUAUGACAAAUAUUUGAUGAGAAACUUUGCAAGGGGUGCUACCAGACAGGAGCUGAACGUUUCUUGGUUGAAGAAAAACGAACUGGAGUUCAAAAAACACAUCAAUGAAUUCAGGUCAUAUUUCAAGAAAAACCAGACAAAUUUGAAUAACGCCUCCAGAGACUUGUACUUCGAAGUCCGUGAAAUCUUGCUAAAGAAAACGUUGGGCAAAAAACUCUACUCCAAGUUAAUAGGCAAUGAAUUAAAGAAACAAAAUCAACGACAAAGAAAACAGAAUUUUUUGGAUGAUCCGUUUACUAGGAAGCUAAUCAGGGAGGCCUCUCCGGCUACAGAGUUUGCCAACGAAUUUACGGGCGAAAACUCUACCGCUAAAUCACCGGAUGACAAUGGAAAUCUUUUCAGUCAGGAAGAUGAUGAAGACACAAAUUCUAACAACACGAAUACAAAUUCAGAUUCAGAUUCAAACACUAACUCAACGCCUCCCAGUGAAGAUGACGACGACAACGACAGGUUAACUUUGGAAAACCUAACACAGAAGAAGAAACAAUCAGCGAACUGA